AUGGGGUCGGAGGAGACAAAGCCCUUCUUGCAAGCGGCUGGGCGCGCGUGGGGAUCAGAAGUGGAGUGCCAACGCUUCUGGCCAUGUCCCCGAAGGGAACGGGCCCCUGCAUCAUCAUCGCGCAUCCUCGUGGUACGGGCCGGCUGUACCACGUCGGUGCUGACCGCUCCCGGGGUGGCGAGGCAGCAGGUCGGCAGAAAGCAGCCAGGAGCCCCAGGUGGCCGCACAAGAUCGGCCGCGGGCGGGCUCGGGCGGAGGAGCUCCCAGACAGGCCUGGCGGCCUGGCGCUGGCGCCGCCGUCGGCGGGCGCACCCCGAGGGGCCAGGGGUUGUUGUUCUGGCGCUGUUGGAUUACUGCCCAGAUUCGCUGCCCUAG